AUGGGCUUGGGUCGGUUGUGUUGGAUUGCGACAUUGCUCAGUGCGGGUGUUGUUUCGGACAGCUUCAUCAUGGCAUCGAUGGCAGGUAACAGUGAUGCUGCAAAGGCAGCCGCUUCGGAUGACACCAACAAGGGCGACGAAGUACCCCAGUUGCCAGAUGCAGAUCCAAAUGCCAAUAUCCCACGGAUCAAGUUGGGAGAGACAAUAUCAUUUGAAGAAAUGGGCCCCGUUAUCCUCAACUCGGAUGGUUCUACAAGGAGAAUUGACAACUGGGAUCAAUUGACAGAACGAGAAAAAGAAGUGACUUGGAGACGAAUUAGCAAACGAAACGAGGAACGGAGAAAAAUCUUAUUGGCAAAGCAACAAGAAGCAGAGGAGGCAGCUGCAGCUGCCUCAAAAGAAAGCGGAGAGAAAAAGGACGAGCUGUAG